GUGGCUAUGCCAACUAUUGUGUCCACCGUGUGGUGGACGCUCAGGCUGUUGGUCUGUCAGUAUUUCAGUAAGUACUGUUCGAAUGCUCUGUGUCACGCUGUGCUGCUCUAUGAUUUGCAAUCGGCCAAGAAUACCGUUUCAGUGGAGGACUUGCCUUCAUAGGAUUGGGAGAUUUUCAGCAGGCAGGUUAUAUUGUCAGCGGGGCAGGGGAAACAGCAAUUCUUGCGGCCCGUCAGUGAAGGCAUCAACGCUACGGCAAAACAUCGUUGAUGUCGAUGACUCCCAAUUCACGGCUUUCGUGGAUAGCAUUGGAGAAGACUGCUCCGGAAAUCGACAGAAUCUUGCACUCAUAGCAGCGACCACAAGCUUCGAUGAUACCGUUGACUUCCUCUUCCCACCACGUAUUCUCAAAGACGCUGGAACCUGUCUUGAUCGUGCAUUCCUUUCCCCUCUCAACGUCAAUGUCGGUGAAUUCCAUGACAACAUUCUAGGCAAUUUGCUGGAUGAUUUUCAUAAGUAUCGCAGCUGAUAUCAAUCACACAUUCCACUCACGAAGCAACGUAGAACCUUAUUUUAGUUCAGAAAACCUGAAAGAAGCUGAGCACACUCGCACCGGAACACACCCUCGG